AUGGAUGCAAGCCAGAUUGUCAAGGCAAAGAGCACAUCAUCAACAGAAGCAGCUAUUGGCAACGACCACAUCUUAACUGAAAUCUUGAGACGCCUACCCAUAAAAUCACUUUUUCGCUCCAAAUUAGUUUCUAAACACUGGUUUUCUAUCAUCGCCGACGAUCCCCAGUUGGCUCUCCGUCAAAAUCCAGACCCCAGUUGUGUUUCCGGCUUAUUCGUGUACCCCUCCCUUGUUGGUUAUACAGUCUUGAGUGACUUCAUUAGUCUAAAUGAGCCAGGGCUUGAUUUCCUCUCGCUUUUCAAUGACAAAUCCCCAGCUGAUGAUGCUCUUGAAGUUGGAGUCGGUUACAUCAUGAUUCCAAAUCUAUCAGGCCUAAUAAUUCAAAGUUCAUGCAACGGACUGUUAUGCUGUUCAGGCUACAAUGAGAUCGAUCGGAGAGGCGGCUACCAUGUUAUCAAUCCCACCACCAAGCAAUUUACCACACUUCCCGAUUCCCAUCCGCAUGAUGGCUUUGAUGGCCUCAACUUGGCUUUUGACCCAUCAAGAUCUCCAUUCUACAAAGUGGUAAAUGUAUGGAAAGCUGACGAUGUUCCGUGGACAGACCCUCAUGACCUCUACUCCGUUUAUCGGAUUGAGGUGUACUCCUCUGAUGCCCGCUCUUGGAGGACUUCUAGCGAACUCUUCAUCGUCCACGUGCGCAAUAUAGGUUUUAGAGAUGGGAUUUUCUGGAACGGCGCUCUACACUGGUUUUCUAAACGGGGUGACGGAUACUACUUCGAUCUCGAGCAGGAGCGGCUGUGGAGGAUGCCGGCACCACCUGUCCCAGAGGGCAUGACGUGGUACGACCGGAGCCUAAUGCAUCCACUGGUGGCGCGUGGACAACUCCAUGCCCUCGAGAGUUAUGGAUCAGCAGGAUCUCAGUUGGAUGUGUACGAGAUGGAAGAGGACUACUCCGGCUGGUUUGUGAAGUACCACAUCAAUCUGGACCCGGUUGCAGCUGCGUUUCCUAGGAUGGGACAAAUGCUAGCGAGACGCCGCCCGGACGAGGCCUACUGGGUGCUUUCUCUCGUCCGAGAAGAGAAGGACGAGGAGUCGUUUCUGGUGCUGCACGUUCCUGGGGAGAUCAUACGGUUCAAUCUUGUGGACCAGUCCUUCAGCAUCAUUCAUGAUCUGGAUGUGAAUGAAGCUUCUCUGAGAUACUUCGGUGCUUGUCAUUAUAUCGAAUCUUACGCUAAUGUUUGA